AUGACGUGGGCAAACUGCGGCUUCCCGUUGACCGACAACACAGCGAUACCCCGAUUCCUCACAGGUACACUCUUCAUCUUACCAGUCAUCUUCAUGUGCAUACGGAUCUUGAACAAAUUUGUCAACCCAUCUCCUUGGGGCGCUGAUGACGUUUGCAUCUUCAUCGGGUUUGCAUGCGCGACGGCUUUGGUGCCUAUUGUGUAUCGAUUACUAGCUAUUGGUCUUGGGAGGGACAUCUGGACUCUCCAACCUUAUAAAAUCACCGAGUUCCUCAAGGUAAUAUCUGAACACUGA